GUGGCCUACCAUGUCAGACGGGGAAGAGCAAGUAGUUUUGAAGGGGGUGGGGGUAGUGUUUAUGUUGAAACAUUUGCGCAUGCACGUUGCAGUCUUGUCGUUUUGUCGUGACAUCGUGCGGGCUCUGUUGAACGUUUAUAUGCAUGUGAUUUGAAACUCUUUCCUGGUGGCAACAUUCAUGUGCGACUUGUCGUUAUUGUCUGAAAUCCAUAACAGGAUAGACUCACCGAGCACCGGCUACGAACAGAUAGACACGUCCCUGUUUGCUACGCCGAGCUCCGUCGCGGAGAGGCUGUCGAAGAUGGCCGUGGCGCCGAACAGCUCUGAUGCUUGCUUGAGUAUCGUUCACAGUCUGAUGUGCCACAGACAAGGCGGUGAAUCAGAGUCGUUCGCGAAGAGGGCUAUAGAAUCGCUCGUGAAGAAACUCAAAGAGAAAAGGGACGAACUGGACUCGCUGAUCACCGCUAUAACAUCUGGCGGAACGCAUCCGUCGAAAUGCGUUACCAUUCAACGGACAUUAGACGGAAGGUUGCAAGUCGCUGGACGGAAAGGUUUCCCCCAUGUUAUUUACGCGCGAAUAUGGAGAUGGCCUGAUUUGCACAAGAACGAGCUAAAGCACGUCAAGUACUGCCAGUUUGCUUUUGAUUUAAAGUGUGACAGCGUUUGCGUGAAUCCUUAUCAUUACGAACGAGUCGUCUCGCCGGACAUCACUGGAUUGGCUUUGUCGAGGAAUCCAGAUGGAGCUUAUGCUGGUAAUUCACAGCCAGAUCCAGAUUUCCGUCAAGCUGUUGGCCCCACUGCUCAUCACUAUCCUGGUAGCCAGACAAUUCCUUCAGUUGUUGGCCCCCCUCAUGAUAUGUAUUCUGGUAUGCACGCCGCUGCUGAUCACACCAUGGGGCAUGUCUCUUCAGCUCCCGAGAAUUGGUGUUCCAUAUCCUACUUCGAAUUGGACCAGCAAGUUGGCGAGAUUUUCAAGGUCAUGUCCUCUUGUCCGUCGGUUACAGUGGAUGGGUAUGUUGACCCGUCAGGAGGCAGUAGAUUUUGUCUUGGGCAACUGUCGAACGUCCACAGAACUGAGGCUAGCGAGAAAGCCAGAUUACACAUAGGGAAAGGAGUUCAGUUAGAUUUAAGAGGGGAAGGAGAUGUAUGGGUGCGAUGUCUCAGCGAGCACAGCGUCUUUGUGCAAAGCUAUUACUUAGAUAGAGAGGCUGGACGUUGCCCCGGUGAUGCUGUCCACAAAAUCUACCCUUCUGCGUACAUCAAAGUGUUUGAUUUGCGCCAGUGCUAUCGACAGAUCAAACAACAAGCUCAUGCUGCUCAGGCCGCCGCUGCAGCUCAAGCCGCGGCCAUUUCCACCGGAGUGGGUCCUGGCGCCUUACUACCGCAGAUCGGUAUGAGCGUGGGCGUUGAUGACCUUCGUAGGCUCUGUAUUCUUCGGCUGAGCUUCGUCAAAGGUUGGGGUCCAGACUACCCUCGAAAAAGUAUCAAGGAGACGCCGUGCUGGAUUGAAAUUCAUCUCCAUCGCGCUUUGCAGCUGUUGGAUGAGAUCCUAAUCACUAUGCCAAUCAACGAGCCACGACCACACGACACAUGAUGGACAAAUAAAUGCACAUUGUUGGCUUCGCUGAAAGAAAUCAAAACGGGUGCUUUUAUAGUGGUAUUUUUUACAAAUUAUUUAAUUAUCUUUUUUUCGGGUUGAGCAGGCCUUUGCUAAGCGUUUUUUUUUUUUUUAUUGUUUCUCGCGCAGAAGAGAAGUACAUGGAUGUUAUCACCGUUGCCGUCAAGCGCUAACGAAUGCUCGCUGUUUGCCGAAAAGCACUUUUUGUGCCAGAAAAGUUGCUCAUUUGCUCGAAAGACAAUCGAAAGCUCGUUUGAUAACUGCUGGCUAGUGGCAUCGAGUUACUCGUGGUCGGUUGUUGGUUCAUCGGCUAUAUAUUUUCCAAAGAAUAUAUAUAAAAAAGCUUUACUGCGCUAAAGCUUCUUCAGGUUUUGGUCAAUUGGCCAAAAUUGAUACAUAUUGAAAUUCUAAUAUGGCACCGAUGAUUAGGGGAAUAAAACAAUGAAACAUUCUUCUCAAUGUUAUUUCUUUUGUUUUAAUCCCGGAAACCAUGGCACCGUGUUAGAAUUUUAAUGAAUCAAACUGGCCUAUCUUCGAGUGCAACUUUUCGACGUCUCAGUCGGUUGGUUUUCUAACCUUGACAGCCAAUCAGAUGGCGAACAACUGCAUGUGAGUGCUUGAUUUAUCGCCAUUUUUCUCUUCCUCGCUAUCACGUGACCAGGUAAUUGAAAGCCAGCAUACAGGGACAUGUCGAAGUACCAAAAGUUGACAUAUUUCAACCGCUCUUUAUCGAGGCAAAGAGUGUCCUUAAGGCGAUCGCCAUAUAAAAUCAGUAGGAGUAGUAUGUAAACAGUGUAUGUAUUUCAGUGGACCUGCCUAAUCAAACUAAUACAUUUUCAGAAGUCUUCUCAGCGAAGUUUAAAAGCGGAUCUUCUAGAAAAUCUUCGUUGUAUCUGAGAGCAAAAUAUUGUUUUUUAUCGAUUGAUUUUUUAUUUAAAUUGCAGUUCGAGGAUCUUUUGAACUGUGUAAGCCGUAACUGGCUUGAUGAAAGCUCGGGUUGCUUUAGUGGAACACGAAGGUGGAUUAUCCCAACAGAUAAGGGAUGGUUCAUCGUUGUUUUUUUCCUUUAACAGGUAGAAUAAUUUGCAAACUAAUACAAGGCAGGUACGUAACAAUGUAUGAAUGUAUUUGUAUCGGUAUAAAUCAGGGAAAUAAGCGUGUCACGCAGAAAUAGAGAGCUUAUUUGACGUUUUAGUGGUUAGCAGAUUUUAAUUCCCCACCCGUUUCAGUUGCCCAAUAUUAAGAUAAAUGCGAAUGCGGAUUGUUAAUAUGACAGCUUUGUUUUAGUAAGUCAAUUUGAACCAAUAGUACGGUUGAUGCAGACUGCGAACAACCCUCUUUACUUUCCUAGUACGUUAAGCAUGACGCAAAUGAAAGCCGAGAAUAAACGUGGCUUAACAUAGGCGGCCAUUCCCCCCCCCCCNUCCCCUCCCGAAUUUUUUUAUUUUUAUUUUGGCGUCACGCUUGCUCAGACAACACGGGCUGUUCGUAGUUUAUGUGGAGUCUUCUUUUUAACUUUUUAACUUUUUAACUUUUUAGCUUCGGAUUUCAUCUAUAAUUAGAUGACGUUGCUUUGUAGAUAUAUAAUAGAGUUGUAUUUUCGUAAAUAAGCUUUUUAGACUUGCUUUAACUCACAAUUGUAAAUUUACAUAAAGUUAUGUAGCGAUUUUCCACUAAAAUGUCUUCUUGUUAAGGUAUAUAUAAAAUGUAUUUUAUGAUUUAUUUGAGACUAUAUGGGUAUAAACAAGUUAUACGGGUUAAUGAUGACGUUGAUAUCGUAGUGUGUUGUUAAUGUGUAAUUGAGUUAGUGAAGGAAGACGUUUGUUAACUUAGAAUAGAUUUUAGUCUUCCUUGUAACAAGGGUUCCCGUGUCGAAGACGUUGCCUAUGUGUUGCCUGGAAAUGAGUCACGGACUUGGGUUCUUAAUCUCUUUGAUUUGAAAUAAACUGGUAAAUCUUGUAUACCUCUUGAAG